AUGAAGAUCUUUUAUUGGAAUUUGAGGGGUAUUGCCAAUGACCCUACUCAAAAUGCUUUCAAGGAGUUUGUUCGUUCUCAUAGUCUGGAAAUUUUAUGUAUAGCAGAGCCAUUCGUAGCUUUGGAGUCUAUUCCUGCUUCUUUUUGGCGUAACCUGGGCAUGCAGUUUAUCGGUGCCAAUGAUCGUGGUUCUCAACAACCUAAUUUAUGGGUUUUCUGCAAGAUUUCUCUUGUUCCGUGGGUUAGAGUAUUGUAUAGCUCUGAUCAGCAAGUAUCCUUACAGGUGAUGUUUGACUCAACAAACUGUUUUGUCACAGCAGUAUAUGCUCGCACUACUGUUGUGGGUCGUCGAAAGUUAUGGGAGGAUAUCACUGACGUUAAGGGUCGCUUUGUUAAUGGUCCAUGGUUAGUUUUUGGAGAUUUUAACGCAGUGCUUGGUAUGCAUGAAAAGAAAGGUGGCGGUCCAGUCUGUAUGAGUUCUUGUGAGGAGUUUCAAGUGAUGUCAGAUGUAUGUGAGCUUGUUCAUGUUGUCACUAAAGGUGCAGAGUUUACAUGGGUACGUAGGCGCGGACUUCGUGGAAAUGUUGAGUUGCGCCUGGAUUGUAGUCUCGCUAGCUUGGAGUGGUUGGAUGCCUGGGAUCAUCUUUUCCGGUUUCGAAAGAUGUGGUUAGAGCAUGAGCAGUUCAAAGAUUUUGUUUACAACUGUUGGUCUGCUACAAAUUCCCUAAGCUGCCCUCUUUCAAGUAUUCAACAUAAAUUGCGAGUGUUGCGGAAAGCUCUUCGUAUUUGGAACUGGGUAGUUUUUGGAGAUGUUCAUCGUCGAGUCAAAGAAGAUCUUAAGGCUUUAGAGGAUAUUCAGAAUGAAAUUGCAAGUUCAGGAGGUUCAGAAGCUGAUUUUGCAAAGGAGACUGAACUACAAGCAAAUUUGAAUGACUCUCUUCGGUUGGUUCGUCGAUGUCGCUCCUCAGUUACAGUUUUACGGGAUGGUGAUCAGGUAAUGGAUGACCCCCAGGUUAUUCAAACUUAUAUUGGUUAUUAUUACUUGGAUCUUUUUGCAAAGCAUGUGGAUUAUGUUGACAGUGGUUUAGUGGACAAUAUUAUUCCUUCUAUGGUCACAGAGGAGGAAAACAUUUUUCUGACUACGAUCCCUUCUCCUGAAGAGAUAUUAAAGGCAGUAAAAGCAAUGGAUCUUGAUAGCGCUCUAGGUCCGGAUGGGUUCAAUGGGCAUUUUUUUGCUUCUUGUUGGGAUAUUGUUGGCGUUGAUGUGGUGAAUGCAGUGCAAUACUUUUUUGUCAAUGGUCAGCUGUCGGCAUCAUUUAAUUCUGGGCUUAUCAUUUUGAUUCCAAAAGUGGAGCAUGCCGAUUCAACCAAACAAUUCCGUCCUAUUGCUCUCACUGAUUUUGUGUUCAAAAUUAUUCCAAAGAUUCUUGCUCUUCGGUUGUCUUCAGUAUCAGCUCGUAUUAUCUCCCCUCAACAACAUGCUUUUGUUCCAGGUAGAAACAUAUCAAAUUGCAUCCUCACAACUUCAGAGUGUUUUAAUUUGUUGGACUCCAAAGGUUUUGGUGGUAAUGUAGCGGUCAAGGUCGACAUUACGAAGGCCUUUGAUACCCUAUCCUGGGAUUUUUUGCUACAUGUACUGCAAGCUUUUGGUUUCAAUCAUACUUUUGUUCGUUGGGUGUGUGCCUUACUUAAGUCAGCAAAACUUUCUAUUCUCUUUAAUGGAAGGCAGCUGCAUCGUAUUUCUUCUCCUAGAGGCACUAUUGCUCCCUCACAUGUAUUAUUUGCAGAUGAUGUCAUUGUUUUUUGUCGGGGUGAUAAACGCAAUCUGCAAAGAAUUAUGAGUUUUUUGGAGGACUACGGAAGUGUAUCUGGCCAGGUCCCUCUUGCUACUAAUGCUUCGAUGGAGGACACUCUUAUUUGGAUGCCUUCAUCUACAGGAGAUUUGACUGCAAAGCAUGCUUACCAAUUUUUACGGCAUCCAUCUCCCUCCAUGCCUUGGGCUGCUAUAUGGUCUUAUUUCUUAUCUCUUUUUGAUCUGGGGGUUACUCCUCAUACAAUUGUGGAUUUAUUUCACAAAGGUCUGAGUAUGGGACGUAGCUCACAGCUUAAGGAGCUUUGGUUGAUCUGUUUUACUUCUAUUUUAUGGUUUGUAUGGCAUGCGAGGAAUAAGACCAGAUUUGACCGUAAGUCGUUCUCUGUGGCUUCAAUUUGUCAUCUCAUUUUGGGGCACAUUAGAGCGGCUAGUCGGCUUGCAAAUGGUCCAAUGAAUAAUUCAGUUCAGGAUUUACGGAUAAUAAAGAGUUUUGGUGCAGAGUGUCGAUUGGGAAGAGCUCCAAUUGAGGUUGUUUGGCAUCCUCCAGUCAUUGGGUGGGUGAAGAUUAAUUCGGAUGGAGUUUGGAAGCAUGCAGAGGGUGUUGGAGGUUUUAGUGCUGUUUUUCGUGACUUUAAAGGUCAUGUUAUUGGUGCUUUUUCUUCCAACAUUGACAUUCCUAGUUCUGUAGCAGCAGAGGUGAUGACAGUUAUAGUUGCUAUUGAGCUUGCUUGGGUACGAGACUAG